AUGCCCUCCCUCCUAACCUCCCACCUCGACCAAAUCUCCCUCUGCGCCCAAUCCAUCUCCGACCUCCCCUUCCCCGCCCCCAAAAUCUUCACCAACGCCCUCCUCGCCAACCACGACAUCACUGCCCUAAUCCGCGACACCGAAGCACACGAGCGAGCACUCUUCCACCUCGCACCUCCCGCAAUCACGGCCAAAGCAGCGGAUUUCACAGCUUCGGUUGCGAGUCUUGCGCCCACUGCGUCAACGGCUGCUGCUAGGAGAGCGACGACGUAUGGGGCUGCUAGACAGCCGAAGAGUAGAGCUGUUGCUGCUGUGUUGGGUGGGGAUUUGUUCAAGCAGACGAGGGAUGGCACCAAUAAUAACAGUGUAGGCAGGCAGAAGGGGGAGGUGGAUGUGGACGUUCUGCUUGAAGGGGCGGAGAAGUUGGCUGCUGUUUAUCCUAUCCCAGGCGCCACAGACAGGAUCGCGGAGCUCCGACAACGGCAUCAGCAAUUACUGGCGAAUAUCGCACAUUACGAGGAUCGAGUGUCGCGGAAUACACAAGAAUUACAGCUUAUGAAUCGACCGACGAGUAGGACUGGUUACGGGCGCGAGGACGACGGACAUGAGGUCGAGACUGGGAAUCUAGCUAUGGACGUUGAUCAAGGAGCCAGCAGCACGACUGUGCCUUUGACCAAGGACGAUCUACGACAAGAGGAAGAGGAGAUCCGGGAGCUGGAGAGGAAGAAGAGAGGAUUAGAGGAGCGGGUGACGGGUAUGGAGCGUGAUUUGGGUGGGCUGGCACGAUGA